GGUGUUCCUGGUAGCCAUCUUGGAUGUGCAGGGUGAUUGUUUAGCGAGAAGAACUGACAAAUUUAUUUUGAAAAAUAAGCCUUACUGUUGAAGUGCUGAGGAUCUGUUGGAGAUAACCGACAGAGGAACUAGAUCUCAACACGGAUAAACGGAGUGAAAGACGGCAUGAAGACAUCAUCUUAGUGAUCAGCCAUGGCCGAUAAAAGGAAACUUCAAGGGGAAAUAGAUCGAUGUCUGAAAAAAGUAGCGGAGGGAGUGGAGCAGUUUGAAGACAUUUGGCAAAAGCUUCACAAUGCAGCCAAUGCAAACCAGAAGGAGAAAUAUGAAGCAGACCUCAAGAAAGAGAUUAAAAAGCUCCAGCGCCUUCGAGACCAGAUUAAAACGUGGGUGGCAUCCAACGAGAUCAAAGACAAAAGGCAGCUAAUAGAGAACCGCAAACUCAUAGAAACGCAAAUGGAGCGCUUUAAAAUAGUUGAAAGAGAAACCAAGACGAAAGCGUACUCGAAAGAAGGACUCGGCCUGAUCCAGAAGGUGGACCCGGCGCAGAAGGAGAAGGAGGAGGUCGGCACGUGGCUAACGAACACGAUAGACACGUUGAACAUGCAGGUGGACCAGUUUGAGAGCGAGGUGGAGUCUCUUUCAGUCCAGACCAGGAAGAAGAAAGGAGACAAGGAGAAGCAGGAUCGGAUCGAGGAGCUGAAGAAGUUUAUUGAGAAGCAUCGGUACCACAUCCGAAUGCUGGAGACGAUACUGAGAAUGCUGGACAAUGAUUCACUGCAGGUCGAAGCCAUAAGGAAGAUCAAGGAUGAUGUCGAGUACUACAUCGACUCAUCGCAGGAUCCAGACUUCGAGGAGAACGAUUAUAUAUACGAUGACCUCGACCUGGAUGAAUUCCCUCAACCUUUGCUGGCCACCUCCCCACCAGGACCCUCGCACUUGGAGGACGAGAUCUUCCAGAACUCCAGCAGCACACCGACCUCCACCACCUCAUCCUCACCAAUUCCUCCUUCACCUGCCACUUGCACUACAGAGAAUUCAGAAGAUGACAAGAAGAGGGGACGUUCAACAGACAGUGAAGUCAGUCAGUCUCCAGUGAAGAAUGGAAAUCCCUCCUUGUCGUUAUCUUCCUCCUCCUCUUCCUCCUCCUCGUCUUCCUCCGCCUCGGGGCUCACCUCGUCCUCUCUGGUCUCUGUUGCUGGCGGAGGUAUCGGCAGCGCGGGCGGCGGUCAUCAAAGCGCCGUAGGGGGUCCUUUCUCCAACACUUCAGCUGGCAGCUACAGUAACGCCACGCAGCAGCCGCCUCACCCCUCUGUGCAGCAGCAGCAGCAGGCCAAAAACGCAGCGAGCUCUUCUGCUCCCAUCUCAAACUCCAGCUCCUCCACCAACAGCCACAGCACCUCCUCAGCGUCCUCUCCACCCAGCACACAGGGCCUCUUCCCCUCGAACUCCCAGCCUUUCACGCCGUCGGGUUCUACGGCGACCUCAAACAGCCUCGGCCUCAACCUGGGGUCCUCUCUGGGGAAAGGCUCCAUCUCCAGCAGCCCCGGCUUGUCAGGGAUGCCGGCAUCUCUGAGCACAGUGGUGGGCCUUCUGUCGAGCCCCACCCCAGCCCCCUACGCUCAGGCGGCCGCCGCAGGCACCGGCAGCUCCAGCUUGCCAGGCUCUCUGGGCGGAAUCAGCUCCACAUCGACCAACAGCGGGGUGGGUGUCAUCGGUAGCGGCAGCAUGGCAGUCGGCGGGCCGACGUCCUCGCAGGGAGGCGUGCUCGGCACGACACCUGUUGUGGGCAGUGUUGGCUCAGGGAUUCUGGGUUUGGGUUCGGGUCAAUCAGUGGGACAGGGGUCUUCUAUGGGGUCGCAGAGCCCCGUUGGGAGCUUAGCUCCUGGAGGCGGACUAGGAGUUAUCGGCAGCAACGGAGGCAGCUUAGGAUCCAUAGGAAGUGGAGUCGGAGGAGGAAGCUCAUCUCUGUCCGUUCAACCGCCAAGCCGGCAGAAGCAGAGCAAUAGCACAGCAGGUCACAGUGCUUUGGUACCAGAUAGCACAACAGACUCCACCCUGAACAGUGCCAGCCAAUCACAAAGCAGCCAGUCCUCAUCUCUGACCUCCACAGCCAAUCAGCUUAAGGACACUGGUCCCAGUUUGCUUAGCUCCAUGGGUUUGUCGUCCACCUCCCCGUCGCCUGCUGCCUACAGCGAGGCUAAAGCGAGCGGCGGAAGCCUUCAGAAUGGGCCGCUGUCCUAUUCGCUGUCAUCUGAAAGCAUCAAGGAGCCUCUGAGCAGAUCCAUGGCCGAGCGAGCAGCACCAAGCUCAGGGAUCGAGGGAGACGUGUCCUCCCUGCACCUUACUUCCGACAACUUCCCAAGCAGCACUACGGCCCCGUCAGGGCCUCCGUCAGCACCUCAGUCCUCCCUGUCAGAGGUCAGCAUCCUGCCAUCGCUGGGCGUCUGUCCGCUGGGGCCGGUUCCCCUCUCCAAAGACCAGCUCUACCAACAGGCCAUGCAGGAAGCGACGUGGACGCACAUGCCCCACCCGUCCGACUCGGAGAGAAUCAGGCAGUACCUCAUGAGGAACCCCUGCCCCACCCCACCUUUCCACCACCAGAUGCCUCCGCCCCAUUCCGACACUGUAGAGUUUUACCAGAGGCUUUCCACAGAAACGCUGUUCUUCAUUUUCUACUACCUGGAGGGCACUAAGGCCCAGUAUCUCGCAGCCAAGGCCCUGAAGAAGCAGUCAUGGAGGUUCCAUACAAAGUACAUGAUGUGGUUUCAGAGGCACGAAGAGCCCAAGACCAUCACUGAUGAGUAUGAGCAGGGAACAUACAUUUAUUUUGACUAUGAGAAGUGGGGCCAGCGGAAAAAAGAGGGCUUUACCUUUGAGUACCGGUACCUAGAGGACCGAGACCUCCAGUGACACGGCGGACAGACGGACAGACAGCUGGGACUAAAGAGAGGAACAGAAACAAACCAAUGAAGACUGGUGAUGCGCCUGCUGACAUUCCUGGAUUUGACCUCAGCUCUCCUGGGGAAAGGAGACCGAAGGGCCGGAGUCGGGGUGAGGAAGGGGGGGCGGCCAGGUUUGCUAGCCCCCUUCCUCCCACCUGACCCUCCAACCCUGCCUUACCAUCCUCACACUGACAGUCCAUCACACCCUAUCAUCUCCUUCUCCUCUAUACCUCUUUCAUAUUUUAUUUGCCUUCUUCAUCAGCAGUCAGACAUGAAACACAUUUUGUAAUCAGUUCGGCUUUUUUCAUCCUCUAACGCCGACUUUACUCUCCCUCGGUCCCAUGAGGACCAGAGAGGUUUGGUGAAUCACAGAAUGAGCUAAAUUCCCUCAGAUGCUCGGUUCUAAAAGCAGCUGAGGAAGUCACCUACAUGAGGUGCAGCAGAUUGCUGCGCUGCUGUUACACAGCAGGAUCAGAAUGAGCAACUUAACCACAAUAACAAACCAUUUUCCACAAACAAUCUGAAUUUACAUCCUCAUCAGUGAUUGAAGAGGUUCUCACUUGUUAAAUUUAAACAGAAAACAUUGAGGUUCCACCCUGUUGCUCCCCUGAGUGUUUGUUUUUGCUUUAACAACCUGCCUUCACCUUUCCGUUAUUCUCAGCGCCGCUCCGGUGCGGGGAACCACUUAUGGUAGGUGGCACCACAGGCCUCGCUCGCUCGCCUGGUCGUGUUCCUUUUUAAAAGCCCAAAGAGCAUUUUGUGAGGUCCAAAUUUAUCCUGCCCUGCUUUACUUCCGUCAGGCCUGUGGUGGAGAGUUGCCGGUAGCCGACUGUUAGGUGGUGGGCAGCGUUACGUCACAGCCGCCAAACCGUCUGACAGAAAUAGAACAAACUUCAGGUCUCUUUCCUCUGGCGGAUCCGUUUAUGUGGAGUUAUUCACUGAAGGAUGGAGACUCUGAAACAAAACAGUGAAAGAAAAAAUGUCCUUCCUGAACUUAACUCACUUUUUUCAGUUUUAAGGCAGAUAAACUUAUCUGGAAAUGAGUUUGUUGGUCUCAGACCUUUGUUCCUCUUCUUGGUGGAGUCAGACGGUGAAUCAGAGCAACCCGCCUGCUUUAAUAAAAUUAAAAACACAAAAUCAAAGAUUUUCAUCCAACCUACACACGUGCUUCAAAUGUAAAAAAAUAAAUAAAUAAAAUGCAGAUAAAACAAAAAUGGCAUCAUUACU